AGUAAGUCCUGAUACUGCCGAGUCCUACCCACCUCAUGCUUACUGCGUCAGUUUGUAUCGUUGAUUUGUUUGUGCACAGAGUUUAGCAGGACAUUUCUUUAAGUUUGAGCUUUUUCUGGAGAAAGACGGACAUGACUCAACUGGGGAUGCUGUGUAUCAUCGGGGCGCUUAUGAUGGGUCAAAGCACCGCCCUCAUAAGGGUUCCUCUGCAUAAAACCAGGAGUCUGCGGCGCCUCAUGAGCGACAAUGGGAUGUCUCUGGAUGACCUCCGGGCUCUGGGAAUGAGGGUGGGGUCCCUGGACAGCUCCGCCUCCCCCGAGUUACCUGUGGAGAGGCUGACGAACUUCAUGGAUGCUCAGUACUACGGGCUUAUCAGCAUCGGCACCCCUCCACAGAACUUUUCAGUCCUGUUUGAUACCGGCUCCUCCAACCUUUGGGUUCCCUCCAUUCACUGCUCCUUUUUGGAUGUGGCUUGCUGGGUCCAUCGUCGCUACAACUCAAAGAAGUCCAGCUCCUACGUAAAGAACGGCACGGAGUUCUCCAUCCGGUACGGCAGAGGCAGCUUGUCUGGCUUCAUCAGUCAGGACACCGUCUCUGUGGCGGGCCUGUCCGUGCCCGGCCAGCAGUUCGGAGAGGCAGUGAAGCAGCCCGGCAUCACGUUCGCCGUGGCUCGCUUUGACGGCGUCCUGGGCAUGGCGUACCCUUCCAUCUCCGUGGCUAACGUCACCCCUGUGUUUGACACCGCCAUGGCUGCCAAGCUCCUGCCUCAGAACAUCUUCUCCGUGUACAUCAGCAGAGACACGGCGGCAGAAGUCGGAGGAGAGCUGAUUCUGGGAGGGAUCGACCCCCAGUACUUCAGUGGAGACCUGCACUACGUUAACGUGACGCGAAAGGCCUACUGGCAGAUCCAGAUGGACAGGGUGGACGUGGGGAACCAGCUGACUCUCUGCAAAGCGGGCUGUCAGUCUAUCGUUGAUACCGGGACGUCAUUGAUGGUUGGACCUGCUGAGGAGAUCCGAGCGCUGCACAAAGCCAUCGGAGCUCUGCCUCUGCUGAUGGGGGAGUAUUUCAUCGACUGUAAGAAGAUUCCCUCUCUUCCCGUCAUCUCCUUCAACAUCGGAGGAAAGACGUUCAACUUGACCGGAGAAGAUUACAUUCUGAAGGAGUCUCAGAUGGGCGCGUCCAUCUGUCUAUCGGGCUUCAUGGCCAUGGACAUCCCCCCUCCUGCCGGGCCCCUCUGGAUCCUGGGAGACGUGUUCAUUGGGAAGUACUACACCGUGUUCGACAGGAACGCCGACCGGGUGGGCUUCGCUGCGGCCAAGUAGACUAAAAACAGAACUUUGGACCUUGAAUGUGUCAUUACAUGUUGAUUUGCAGAAUUCCGAUCAUUCCCACAAACACCAGAUGUUUUCAUUUUUAAGUGACGCACUGAGGACUGACUUAAGAUAUUUGGUGUUUUACUUUGAUGCUGCAUUUUAACCUCUGUACCACUUACUUCAUUAUUUCAAGCAUUUUUUUUAAAUCUGAGGUUGGGGUUUUUUUUUCAGGUGGAAUUGUCACAUAAUACAAUAAAAGUCAACAUUUCUCACUUUGUAAUUUGAUGUGUUUAUUCAACUCUGAUCCAGUUUUCAAGCAAUUUCCUGUAGAGGAAAAAAGAAGCGACUGGACUGACGGCAGACUGACGUGCACCCCAGCGUGUGGCCGUCUGCCGUCCCAGCAGCUGCUUUUCCAUCGUGUGGCACAGUGAUACCCCUGCUACCCCGACACUCAGGAGGAUCUGAUGUUUGACAGGACAAAAUAUUCUGUAUGAUCGCGUUAUAUUGGUACAGCCAGAACAAAGCACUUACACUGGACAGGUACAGUGAAAAUAAAUAGCAUCUUUUUGGUUACAAAUGCAUAAUAAAUAGAAAAAUAUUUACCUCUCCAUCAUAUUGAUGACUAAUUGCACAGAAA